CUUAUACAUCUCUAUGCCGUUGUUGAGCAAUAUCUAAGGCGUGAUCCUUUUAAAAAGCUGAAGGUAUUUAGACAGUAGGGAAGCAUUUCUAAAAAUCUCGGUAAACCAUUGUAAUAAGUAUGCCAGUUUAUAUUAUCACCAUAGGUUCUUGUGUCGAACGGUGCUAAAUGAACCAUGGUGCAUGCAUGGAGGUAUUCGGGGCGGAGAAGUCUCCGGCCUCUGCUAUGGAAGUCCUGGAGAAACGUCAGCUUGAUUGCAGAGUCUGUGGACGCCAGCACACGAUUCACUUGUGUUGCUGUGGCCACCCAGCGCCAUGCACGGUCCUGUACCCACAAUUUUGUGUUCAGGCGCUUUGUGGCUUCGAUGGAUCUAGCUGUGGAGUUAAGUAUGCGUCCUUCGCAGCCUUCGCACCGGCAGUGUUGGAUACGGAUGCCGGUAUGCAGGCCAUGUUUUCAGACCUGUUGUCGCAGCGCGGGCUUCGAAGCACGGCGCCGUUGCCCGGUCCGUUACCCAUGCCAGGCGCCCGUCCAGCGUGCCCCGCCUUCCUGCAACAACUAGCCGAGCGUCGGCGCCGUGGUAUCGGUGGGAUGUCGUGCCCUGGACUGCGCGACCAAUGUUACGCCUGCCUAUACGGCUGUUCCCAGGCGGGUGUGUUGGGGCCGCGGGACAUUGAGGCCGCCAUCAUGGACACGGGCAGCGAUGCAGGGCGCACGCUAGCCUGGUACCCCGGGUUGUUGAUGGCAUGGCGGUUUGAUAAUGUCAGUGCAUGUGGGUCGGGCAAAGGCAAGGCUAGCGUGUUGGUCUGCCUGACAAAUGUUAACCCACAUGGGAAUCCUGACAUGGCGCCACAGGCGGAUACAUUCUUCCGGGAUAAUCAGCUUCCAGCAUACUAUGGCGAAAUCGACUCCAUCCGGUCCGUUGUCUGCAGUUUCUCCUCCGCAGCUGGACAGCCGUGUGCCUGGUGUCUGGCCCUCAACAGAAAUCACCAAUUGAAGCGUUCAGCCGAUGCUGCUUCACUGCGAGUCGCUACGACACAGCGAGUCGCGACAGACCCACGUGUCAUUGUCCCCUUCCGUUCUGCCGAGGGACUUGAGCGUGUGGGACAUGUUGAGCUCUUUGAGCGGCUCAAGGUGGUCACAUCCACAUUGAUCGCCGAGCGGGCAGAUCGAAUAGCGCUGGACAGGGAGAUUAAGCGGCGGACAUCCCUUUUCCAGGCUGAUAGAGUGAGGCUACAGGCAUACGCUCGGGCAGAUGCAUCACGCAGUGAACCCGUCCGACUGCUCGAAACAUCACAACAACGAGGUAUGAUGCAGUGUCGGCAUGCGUGA